ACUUGCAUCCGCACGCGACCUGCAUCAAUCAUUAUCAUCGUCAUCCGAUCAUACCGAAUUAAUCUCAACUUCAAAAAUCACCACCACCACCACCACCACCACCAAACAACAUGGCUCAAAAAGCCGCCAAAACCCUCGCCGCGCGCAACGCGUCCCUCCUCACCCGCACCCACCUCAUCAGCUUCGCCCUACACUUCCUCUUCCUCGCUCUCCACUGGCUCUUCAACCGCCCUCGCUCUCUAACCCCCUACUUCACACUCGCCUUCCCGACCCUCAUCAUCGAAUUCUACCUCGAACGGCUCGGCCGCCCGGUCUACAACCCCGCUGAUGGAUCCCUCCGCUCUCCCGGAGAGGAUCUCGGCGCCGCAGGACUGACGGAAUACAUGUGGGACGUGCUGUACUGGACGUGGGGGUGCAUUGGUGCUGCCUGCUUGUUUGGCGAUCGUGCUUGGUGGUUGUGGAUCGUCGUGCCGGUGUAUUCGGUGUGGUUGGCGUACAGUACCUUUAUGGGCAUGAAGAGUGGGUUGGCGGGGAUGGGUGGUGCUGGUGCGGGUGCUGGGCAGGAGCAAGGAGGUGCGGCGGAGAGUAAGAGGCAGAAGAAGAUGGAGAAGAGGGGUGCCAGGGGGGUGCAGUAUCGCUGAUAUGGUCUUGGGGGAGUGGGCUGUUGGUUGGUUCAUUGAGUGGCCGUUUGGGGACGGUUUAUGCAUAUAUAAUACGGAUG